AUGUUUGGUGGCGGUGGUAAUGAUGACCCAGGGGGUGGUGGUCCUAGCAAUAGCAAUGGUUUCGCGCGAGCAAACAAAUUAUUAAAAAGAUCUCCUAGUACAAGGGAGGCGGUAAACGCAUUGAUAGACUUAUGUGAACAGGACGUAUUGCCGUCAUACAUAGACCGAGAAUUUUUAUCUCAGUUAGACAUGUCAGACGAAACAAAAAGGGAACUAAAAAUCGCGGUAGACAGGGGUUUUCUACUCUCUCCACAUGAAGAAAGGCAGGAUAUUGACAAUAAAACAAGAAUAAUAUCAGAUUUUAAAUUAAAUACAAUUAAGUGUUCCGGAGUGAAUUGUGAUAUUACGUUGCACUCUAAGUGCUUCGAUAAUAUAUCUAAGAUCAUCAAAAUUCAAAAAGAUGCUUUCUAUUGCAAAAGCUGUGAAGAUCAGAACAAUUAUGCCAGCCCCUAUCUACAAGGUAAAAUGGAUAUCUUGGCAAAAGAAGUAGAAUGCCUUCAACGCGAAAAAGAACUAUUAAGUAAAUAUAUAUCUGAAAUUGAAUUUUCUAACAAUUUAUUGAAAUCGAAUUAUAUGCAACAAAAUAACCAACAAAAAAAUGUUAGCAAAAAAGGUGUCAACAGUUUAGUUUCUACCUCGGUUCAUUCGUACGCAACUGCCGCAAAAAACGUAAACACUCAAUCAGCUGUUUUAUUUGUAAAGUGCGCUGAUGAAGCAAUUUCAAAUAAACAAAUCGAGAAAGCUGUAAAAUCAAAAAUCAAUCCCAGCUCUCUUAAUAUUAAUAUCGUCAAUACCAAACUUAUAAAGAAUGGAAUGCUUAUAAGUUGUAAGGAUAAUGACUCUCUACAAAAAUUGAAGAGUAAUUUAGAUGAACAGAUUGGUAAUGUCUACAGUGUUACUGAAGCUAAAAAAUACAAUCCUAGGAUUAUUGUGUAUGGAACGGAUGAUGAAGUGGUUGAUGAUUCGAAAUUUAUAUCAAAUUUAUUAAAAGACAAUAAUCUAGACUUUACAGAAAAUGAUUUGAAGUUAAUAACUAAAAUAAGUAGUAAAUCCCUAACAAAUGUGGUACUAGAAGUUAUUCCUUCUCUAUUUAAAUCAAUUAUGGAUAAAGUUUAA